AUGCAGAAGAGGAAAUGCUUGAACUAUCAAAAGAAAUUAAGAAUGAAGCGGAAAAUACAAAAAAAUUGUGAAAUCGAGUCGUUGUCGUUGCCGUUUAGCGGCGAUACUGCCGACGACUCAUUCGAUACGAAGGAGGUAACAUCGAAUGAGGAGUACGUAAGUUUCUUUGAUUCGCAAUCAACGAACAAUAACGAUUAUACUAACGAAAAUGAUGAUAAUAAUAAUAAUAAUAAUAAUAAUACAGAUAUUGUGAAUCAUUCUAAUGACGACGAUAGCGACGAAGACUACAACCCCCAUGACGAUGGUGAUGACAAUAACAGUGUAAAUGUUGACGACGACCAUCAGGAUUUCGAUGUAGAGACGACCACCACCGGCACACGCACAAACAAGUCCAUCCUUAAUUACUUUAAACUAAUUAAGGAAGGACCGACUGUGGUGUGCACGUGUUGCGGUAUUUUGAUUUUUCCGCGACACGCAAAAUUUCUUCGAAAACAUCUUUUGGAACAACGUUUCGUUAAACGAAACCAAUCAAAAUUAUCCGCGAACGAUUUGUACGCACGUGCGCACAUGGUGCCGGACAGCUCGGCGCUGUGUUCCACGUGCUACAAGUCAAUUUUAGGCCUGAAAUUACCGGUCGUUUCGAUAACGAUCAAUUACAAAUUAGACGAUUCUCCAUGCGAGGCGAUCAGAACGCUCAACGUACUGGAGGAGCGCCUAAUUUCUCCCCGAAUUCCGUUUAUGCAAAUACGGAAUUUGGGGUGCGAUCGGUCGAAAUACCUGAAGGGUUACGUUUUAAAUGUACCGACCGACGUGGGUAAGAUGUGUUCAGUUCUCCCGCGAACGUUCGACGAGGCCGAGGUAGUUCAGAUAAAUUUGAAGAGGAGCAAUCGGCAGACCGGUUCGUACAUAUCGGAAACUGUCUGUCCCGCUAAAAUUAAAGCGGCUCUUCAGUAUUUAUCUGAGCAGCCUCUGUACAAGUUGAACAAUAUCGUUGUGGACUGGGCCAAAUUACCCGCGACCAUCGGUGGUACAGUUGAAACUGAUCAACUUGUACCCUUUAUUGUGACAUCACCAUCGUCAAUGGCGAACGCGACCGCUGCUGUUGCCGUUCCUGAAAUCGUUGACGUCGUACCCCACACUCAAAACACUAAUCACGAUGGAAACGUUAUUGCAAAUGAUCGUUCAAACAAUGACGGUUGCGAAAUUGACGACGAAGCUGUGGUUAUCGCUAACGACGAAAAUGACGACGACACCACCGAGGAUGUUCAGACGAUGUUACAGAAAAACGAUGGUCCAAUUUGUUUUGCCCCCGGUCAAAACCAAAAGCCAUUAUCUUUUAUUAGGGAUCACCACGUGGAGGAAUUAACCUUUCCCAGUAUUUACCACGGAAAGGCCAGAAAUCACGUCGACCCGACCGUCAUCGCGGAUGGAAUUAGCUCCGCCGCUGAUACCGUCAACGAUGGCGGCCGUCAUCGGCGUAAAAUUUUCUAUGGCCAGGUAAUUCGCCACGAGGUUAUGUUUUUUAAAAGAUAUUGCGCUACCCGGGCGGACAAAUUGUUCUUUUCCUUUUUUCUGAAACAAACUUUGGACAUUUUCAGUGGAAUUUCGUUGCAUAUUCGUCAAACGACGACCACUGCUUCCUCCGUCAACGCCAACAGCCUUAGUACCGCGAAUAAUAUAACUUCUAAUGCCGCCGCUCCUGCUAAUUCUCUUUUCCAAAUUAAUCCUACCAACAUUAACGUAAAUAUUCAACAACAGCAACAACAAAAAAGCGAUACUUUAACGGCCGGCGACUUGCUUAAUUCAAAGUCGGUAGCGCAAUUAAUUGGUGCCGAUAAAGCAUUUUCCUUUACGAAAAAUAUGACUAUGUCUCCCGCUUUCUGGGCUGAUGAACGGAAAAACUCUUCGCCAUGA